CCAGGAAGUGAACAGAGGCAGCACAUGAGGAUGCUGCAUUGAAUGCUCUGAUCCUUUUGUUUACCUUCGUUGUGCCGUCCAUCCAUAUAGCAGUAGCACAUGCACAGGGAACCACUUGCCACAGGAGCAUACAAACUAGCCCAGUGACAAUAUAAACACGCUCUCUUGAGGCAGCAUUCACCAGCAUCUAAAGGCAACCGCAGUGCCAUGGCUGCUCUGAAGUACGCAGGACUGGAUGACACGGACAGCGAAGAUGAGCUGCCACCAGGAUGGGAGGAGAGAAGCACAAAGGAUGGAUGGGUGUACUAUGCAAACCACUUAGAUGAAAAAACUCAGUGGGAGCAUCCAAAAACCGGAAAGAGAAGACGAGUAGCAGGAGAUCUACCAUAUGGCUGGGAGCAAGAAACAGAUGAGAACGGGCAAAUCUACUAUGUUGACCACUUGAAUAAAAGAACUACAUACCUUGAUCCAAGACUGGCAUUCACGGUGGAAGAUUACCCUGCAAAGAUAAAUACCAGACAAAAGUAUGAUGGGAAUAGCACAGCUAUGGAAAUAUUACAAGGGUGUGACCUCUCUGGGAAGGUGAUUAUAGUCACGGGUGCCAACACAGGAAUUGGUUUUGAAACAGCAAGAUCACUUGCUCUUCACGGCGCCCUCAUUAUCCUUGCUUGCAGAAAUAUGCAAAAGGCUAACGAAGCCAAGCGUAAGAUUUUGGAAGAAUGGCACAAAGCUAAGGUAGAAGUGAUGAGCUUGGAUCUCGCCUCUCUCCGCAGCGUGCAAACCUUUGCUGAAGGCUUCAAAUCUAGAAACCUACCUCUCCAUGUGCUGAUUUGCAAUGCUGCUUUUCUUGGGGGCCCAUGGGAACUAACAGAAGAUGGAUUGGAGAUGACCUUCCAGGUCAAUCAUAUUGGUCAUUUCUAUCUUGUCUCUCUCUUACAAGAUGUACUUCGCCAGUCUGUCCCUUCAAGAGUUGUCAUAGUAUCCUCAGAGUCACACAGAUUUACAGAAUUUAAAGAUUCAUCUGGGAAACUUGACCUAAACAUGCUUUCCCCACUGAAAAAAGAAUACGGGGCCAUGUUGGCUUACAACCGUUCCAAGCUUUGCAAUAUACUAUUCUCCAAGGAGUUGAACCGCCGCCUCUCUCCCUAUGGGGUGACGUCGCAUGCAGUGCAUCCUGGAAAUAUGAUGUACUCUUCAAUUCAUCGCAACUGGUGGGGGUAUACAUUGCUGUUUGCUUUGGUUCGGCCUUUCACCAAGUCAAUGGUGAGUGAAAUAUUUUACAUGUAUUCUGUUUUUUUGGAGCAAGAUAAAAGUAUAUUAAAAAUCCAGAUGUACAUAUUUGCAUUAACAUAUUGUCUUUGA